UGCCGCUCCACUCUGCAUAGCCCACGGAUACCCCCUCGCUCAUGGUGAACACUCAUCACGGCCGCCUCGAACUUUACCAGCAUGACUGUUGCUAGCAACAAGGCCAUUACGGUCAAUCGAAACUUGCUCUUUCGAAUGAUAAAUGUCCCUGGAAAUCCAACCAUCGUCACCCACAACAUCGCCAAAGGCUGGGACGACACUCGUGUCGAUGCUUUGGAAGCGGCCGUCUACCGACUGGCAGAUCGCAAUCCCAUCUUAAGCGGAAUACUCCACAACAGUGAAGUGGACGUUACCACUGGAAAGAAAACGGCGGGAGUAUUUGUGGAGCCACACAAGUUCCAAAGGUUUGUUCAUUAUGUGGAACCCCCAAAGGAUAUUCCAAGCCCAGCCACGCUGGAUGGGGACACCAUUGCUUUCACCAAGUACGUUCAAAGCUUUAUCGAACCACUCAUCCCAAGCUCCAAAACAGGAACCGAAGAGAUCCAGCAGCAACUUCCGGUCUUUGGAGUUCAUGUCAUGCGAUUGCCCGAUGGAUACGUCUACUAUGCUCCAAGACUGUCCCACCAAGUGGGCGAUGGGACCACCUACUAUCAACUUGUCGAAGAACUCAACGCUAUUCUUUUGGGCGAGAAGUUACCACCACCUAUUGUUUGGGGUACCGACGGAGCAACUAGCUUCGAUUUGAUCAGUCCGCAUCAGGUGCGAAAUCCGUUGUGGUGGUUGGGAACCAUUGUGAGCGCCAUCAUCCACGCUAUUUAUGGAUUUGGCAAGACGCAACAGAUCCUGUUGAGCCAACGCAAGAUCCAGCAGAAAAAGAAGGAACUGGCCAAGGCUGGUUCGCACUUGAGCACCAAUGAUAUUGUGACGGCAGCCUUGUCCAGUGCUAUUUCCAAAGAUUACGACUAUUCAACCCAUGCCGUCAACUAUCGAGCCGUAGGACGAUGCCCAGGUGUUGGACCCCGAGAUGGAGGCAAUGUGACCCGUUUAGUGCCCUAUGCUCUGGGCGCUAGUGCCCAUGACCCAAGCAAAGUGCGCGAGUUGACGGAUUCGCUUGCCCGAAGCCCCAACCGAGACGCGCCAUUGUGGAGCAUGCUGCGAGGACGCGGUUUCAACCAGACCAACUGGGCCAAUCUGCAGUGCACUCUGGAAGGGACAGUGAUCCACGGUCCUUUGCAGAGUCUUGUAGACACAAUGGAUGUUCCUCUUGCUAUUGUCUAUCAACCCAAUGACGAAGAAAUUGGGAUCAUGCAUAAAUUCAAAAAAGUCAAUGUAGAGACAGGUCUGCUAAGUGAGAUAUUGACUGAUUGAAGACUACGAUCAGCAAGAUGAGAGGCCAAGCUUAAAACCAUAUUAAUUACCUCACCUUCACAUAAGUGUUGCCCCCGGUAGGUACGUAUCCUUCUAAUAAAUUGAAUACCAGAUACUCAGAUCUGACUGGGAUAUUGCAUCCUUCAUUGGUUCAUUCGGUAUGGCUGCACUGUGCAGCCUGUGCCUCCGGUACUGGUACGGUACCGUAGCAAAUAGAUAAGUUGUUUUCGAGUGGACUACGAA